UGACCUCCGCGGAAGCUUUCUUUUUUUUCUUUUCUUUUUUGGAGGGGGCUGUUGAAUGUAAAUCAUAUCGCUGAAGUAACGUAAGAAAGACUGCAACUCUGGGCGAGUAACGCGAACCAGGUCGAGGAAACGUACAGCAAACACGGUCCCCUGCUGUCCUGUUCCCGCCAUGGAGUGAUUUCCUUGCCCCGGUCACGUCACACCAUGUCCUCCGGAGUGACACCGCAGCCUGUGUCCGAGUGGCUGGCCACGCUGCACCUGGAGCAGUACGCCGGGGCCUUCCAGGCUGCCGGACUCGGCCUGCUCCCAGCGUGCCGCAGCCUGGGCACAGGGGACCUGGAGCGGCUGGGUGUGCUGCUGCCGGGUCACCAGCGCCGCAUCCUGGCCAGCCUCCUGAAGGCCUUCCCUGCGGGCCCAGAAGAGGUGACACCCGUGCCACGCGAGAGGACCCGAUUCCGUCGGCCACUUGAGUCUCCAGCAGGGGGCGCUGCUGAGCUGGCUGUUCCUUGCAAAAUUCAGGACAAGCCCCCCCCUCCCAUCCCCCCAAGAGUGACUCUGAACCGCCCGCCAGUGAGAUUCACCCCCACCCCCGUCCCUCGCAUGCGGCCAGAGACGUUGUCCCUAAAGCCCGUGGAGCAGUACCAGCUGGUCGGUGUGACUCUGUCUCCGGUGUCCCCGGUGUCCCUCGCUUCCUCUUCAUCUUUCUCCUCCUCCUCCUCCUCCUCCUCCUUGGCCACCGAACAAUGUCUCCCUCAUGAGCAGUGCUCAUCCCAGUCACAUAGAGAUAAGCCCAUCCCCCCCCUACCGCCGAAGUCCUACCCCCUGGGGUCUCCCAAAGAACCACAUGCCCCCCCUCCAUUGCCGCAGAGGCCCCCUGUCCUGCCCCAGAGGCUGCCCUCCCCCAGUGCGCCUCUGGUGGACGACACUCCGGAGUCUGACAGGGUUCCAGAUAUUCCACCCCGGAUCGGGCCUCCCAGUCAGGCCCCGGCCCAGCCGCCCGUACCGAAGCGCAGGCUCCAGCAGAAGCCCCCCAAACCCAGAUCCGUCUCCAUCAGCAGCUCUGAAGAUUAUGAGGAUUUGGAUGUAUUUCAAACCCAAGUGAUUGAGCCUGCAAAAAUGGCAGAGAAGGACGAAUUCCUGGUCGUGCCGAAGCUGGAGCACCGGCGCCUGAGCAGCCUGUACAGUGACGAUGAGAUCCUGGAUGACGACGGAGAGGCUGCAUCCGACCCCGCAAACAGAGUCAGGAGGCAUUCUUGGAAGGACUAUGGCCUGAGCACGCUCCAGGACAGCGUGUACCUGCCCUCCCUCGGCCGCAUCACCCCCAGUGCCCGCAAAGAGGACCCCUCCCCUCCACUCUCCCCUGUCAUUAGGCAGGGCUGGCUGGACAAGAACCCACCCCAGGGGUCCCUGAUCUACCAGCGACGCUGGGUGAAGCUUGACGCAGACUAUCUGAGAUACUUUGACAGUGAGAAGGACAUCUACUCCAAGAGGAUCAUACCAACAUCGUCCAUCACCAGCAUAUCCAAUGUGGGCGAGCAGAAGUUUGAGGUUGUGACCCACAACCGGACAUUCGCCUUUCGAGCUGAAAGCGACUUGGAGAGGAGCGAGUGGGUGUCAGUCAUUCAGGAUGCCGUGGGCGAUCAUCGCAGCAGCGGAGACGUAGGCGCCCAUUCGCUGGGCCCCUCCUCCGUACCACCCACACCCGAGAUGCAGGGCUACCUAGAGCUGAGGGGGCUGCGCUCUAAGCUCUAUGUGGUGGUGUCUGGUGACAAAGUCUUCCUGUAUAAAAACCUGGAGGAUUACAAAUUGGGCAUUGGGAUCACAUCGAUUGAGAUGAACGUCGGCAACGUGAAGGACACCGACCGGAGGUCCUUUGACCUCAUCACCCCGUACCGCAUCUUCAGCUUUGCAGCUGAGUCAGACCAGCUGAAGGAGCAGUGGGUGGAAGCCAUGAGGGAGUCUGUGGCAGAAGCCCUGUCCAACUAUGAAGUGGCCAAGAAGAUCUGGUCUGAGGAGUCCAACAGGUUCUGUGCCGACUGCAGGGCGACCAUGCCUGAGUGGGCUGCCAUCAACCUGUGUGUCGUGUUCUGUAAGCGCUGUGCAGGGGAGCACCGGGGCCUUGGGCCUAGUAUCUCUAAAGUACGGAGUCUGAAAAUGGACAAAAAGGUCUGGACUGAGGAACUCAUUCAGCUGUUCAGGGUCCUUGGCAAUGAGCGAGCGAACCUCUUCUGGGCAGCCAACGUGCCUCCCAGCGAGGACCUGGUGCCGGCAAGCUGCUCAGACGACCGCCGGCGCUUCAUUGCCGCCAAGUACCGCGAAGGCAAAUACCGCCGGUACCACCAGCUCUUCGGCAACCAGCAGGAGCUGGACAAUGCUCUGUGCAUCAACGUGCAGUCCGACGACGUUCUGGAGACCCUCUCACUGGUCUUCUGUGGAGCCAGUGUGAACUGUGACACAGGCAAUCCUGAGUUUCCUACUACCAUUAGCCUGGCCCAGAGCUUCAACCAGAAACUGCAGGUGGAAUUACUGAGCCAGAACCGGAAUACGGAGGUCCCCAGGUCGGAAGUUGGAGGUCCCAUGGACACAGUGCAUUACAUGGCCCCUCCUUCCAUCACGCACAAUGGGUUCCUCUUCAAGACUGCCUCAAUGGCACGUCCAAUCACAGAGCGGAAGUCCAAAGAAGAGUUCAGCCGGCGCUGGUGCACGUUAAACGAUGGAAAUUUCCACUACUACGAAAGCGAUAAGAACGCCACCCCCAAUGGAGGGCUGAAGAUGAAGGAGAUCGUCUGUCUUGCGGUGAACCCUCCAGAAAGACACGGGUAUGACUACACAUUUGAGAUCUACUCCGACUCGGAGCGGCUCUAUCUGUUCGGUGCGGACAGCCAGGAGAGCGUGAAGGAGUGGGUGAAGUCCAUCACCAAGUCCUUCAUCCCAGCCUCCGCAGAAGACCUGUUGAACCGAGACUUUGAGCGGAUCGGCAGACUGAAAUACAAGGACGGCCUGAACCUGCAGAGCUCCAGGGUGGGCUGCUUCGCCCUGGUGGGCUCCAUGCUGCAUACCUGCUUUGAAGACAGUGGGGGGGAGGAGGUCAUUCACCUGCGCAAGCUACAGGAGCUCUCUAUCCAGCAGGAGAAUGAGGUACUCGUUUUGGUGGAAAGAGGAAGGACGCUGUACAUCGAGGGUGAGCGGAAGCUGGACUUUCUGGGCUGGUCAGCCGCAAUCCAGCAGGCAGCCAGGAGCUCCGGGGACACGCUGUGCCAGCAGCAGCUGACCGAGUCAGACAUCCCAGUCAUCGUGGACCGAUGCGUUGACUACAUCACCCAGUGCGGCCUUACCUCCGAGGGCAUCUACCGCAAGAGUGGCGUGAACUCCAAGAUCGCCGCCCUGCUGGAGUCCUUCCGGCGAGACGCGCGCAGCGUGCGGCUAAAGGAGGGGGAGCAUCAAGUGGACGAUGUGUCCAACGUGCUGAAGAGGUUCUUCCGGGAUGUGGAGGGCGGCAUUUUCACCAGCGAGGCUUCGCAGGACUGGCUCAGCACCACAGGCCUCACUGAUGAGACCCAGAAGAUCAGCCAGUACCAGUUCCUCCUUGGCAACCUGCCCAGAGUCAAUAAGGCUACCCUGCGGGCCCUAGUCAACCACCUCUACUGCAUCCAGUGCUUUGCGGACAUGAACCAGAUGAACCUUCACAACUUGGCCAUCGUCUUUGGCCCCACGCUCUUCCAGACAGACGGGAAGGACUACAACGCCGGCCGCGUCGUCGAGGAGCUGAUCGAACACUACGUGACCGUCUUUAAUGUGAAUGAGCAGCAGCUACAGAAACAGCUGGAUGAGAUCACGGUCAUCAUCAAGGUGCGAGAGAACCUGAACGCCAAGGUCCCGCCCUCUGGCUCUGGGGACUUCAUCUGCACAGUGUACCUGGAGGAGAAGAAGGAGACAGCAGAGCAGCAUGUGAAGAUCCCGGCCACCAUGAUAGCGGCAGAGCUGACCUUUGAGAUACUGGACCGGCGGAAAAUCUCCGUCCGCGACAAGGACUACUGGUGCUGCUUUGAAGUGAACGAGAAGGAUGAGACAGAACGACCUCUGCACUACCAGGAGAAAGUGCUCCCUGUCCUUCACUCCCUGGGCACGGAUAGCUACCUGGUGGUAAAGAAACACAUCUCCAUGGAGGCCAUGCUGGUCUACUUAGCCAGCAAAGUGGAAGUGUCCAAGCAUGGCAUGAUGAAGUUCCGCGAGGAGCGUAACCUCCUGGGCCUGGGCCUUGGGGCUGGCAGCUUCCAUGACCGCUAUUUUAUCCUGAGCAGCACCUCCCUCAGGCUGUACAAGGAAGUUCGUAGCCUACAAAAGUUUCCUCAGCAUCAGUGUAGCAAUCGACCUGAGAAGGAGUGGCCUGUGAAAAACCUCCGAGUAUACCAGGGCAUCCGGAAGAAGCUACGACCUCCUACAUGCUGGGGCCUGACUGUGGUACAUGAGAACGAGAAGCACGAGAAGCCCGAGAGGCAGCAGUGGUACCUGUGUUGCGACACGCAGGCGGACAUGAGGGAAUGGUUUGCCACCUUCAUGAGCAUCCAGCACGAGGGCAGUGUGUGGCCAGCGGACACGAUGAAGGUGCGGGCUAAUCGCACAGCCCCGCUGGACGUCAGGCUGGGUAACGUGUCUCUGAUCCCACUGCGCGGCAGCGAGAACGAGAUGAGGAACAGCGUCGCUGCUUUCACUGCUGACCCGCUCGCCCUUUUCAGAAAUGUAUGACGGUACAUUCGAGCCGUAAGGUCAAAGACCAGUAGAGGGCAGCUUUGCACAAUGAAGACAUGUGAAAGUAAGACCACCAGAGGUUGCAUGGCCAAACUGGAGCACGUCAAACUGCAAAUGGUCCCCAUCCCCCAUUAAUGGAAUCCUGGAUCUCUGUAACACUGGGAACCUGCGGCCUUUCACAGGAACAAUGGGAUGGUCUUUGCUGGAGGAUUGGCUCACAGCAGCUGUCGUGGUGAAUCUGAGGAUGUCAGAGUGGCGAUGUUGAAGUCUGUCCAUCUGGAUAUGGGUGGCCACUCCAGGGUUUGUACAUCCUGCCUUCACUUAACCAGGCCUCUGAGGUCUCGCUGUUUUUUGUUGAGACUCGCUCAGUGAGUCCAUUAUCAGGACAGACUACUGGACGACUUCCCAUUUUUCGCCUCGCUGUGACAGUUACGGAUUUGCCUAACCUGUGCUCACAUGACUCUGCUCAUUUUCCUGUGACCAAACAGUCCCCUAUCUCAGCCCAACCCUUUCACACACUUUAGACCGCAUGGACUGAAUGUCUGUGGACAGCAACGCUCAAAGGUGCUUAGCUGAAUUUAUUUCUGCCAAAAGGCAACUCUUUAAUCUUUUUUUUUUUUUUUUACUUAAUUGCAGAAAACACAAAUGGCUCCAUAGCAGAGUCAAAAGCUUGCGUGACUGUACCAGUUACUAAUGUUAAUGUCUAAAAGCAUUUAUAUUAAGACAAGGGGUAGACUUCUAUUCCUAGAACAAUAUUAUUGUAUCUUAACCUCCAUCAGGUUUGCACAGCCUGCUCUUCUGUUUAACAUUUUUUACAGAAUAUAAAUUAUUUAUUUUGCACCAGUUGGACUUCAUCCUUCUAGCAUGCAGUUGAGAAUUAAGAUUUUCAUAUUAAAAUGUGUUGAAUCCUGUUUGUAAGUGAAUAUCACAGGUUAAUUAAUUUCUCAAUGUAAAUUCAGCAUCAGGAAGAAUAAAAACUUACUAUUGUGAAUUCCUCUUCAGAAAGAAAUAAAAAAUAGGUUAAACAAAGACAAGUUUACACCACUUGGUCCUGAAUUACACGGAAAGCUGGUCAAUUGACUGAUUUGUGAGCUUAAUAAAAAUGAAGGAACAAGGGUACGGUUUCACAUGUAGGUAUGACAUGGCAGCCAAAGGUGUUUUUGGUCUGAAUCUAAGGCUGCUGUAAGGUGAAUUGACCUUUUUUUAAAUGGAUAAAAUAAUGGAUCAAAUAAUGUUUUUGUGGUUUCUCAAGCUUGUGUAGUCGCCCUGUUACCAUGACUGGACUCAGAAUUCGCAAGCGCACCGUUACUUCACAAGUCUUCCGCAUAUGCCCUGUUUCGUGUGGUUAAAAUGUGCCCUCUUAUGUACAAUCCUGCAAAAUACAAACCUGAAAGCUGACAUUUA